AUGGAUCAAAGUACUCAAUUAUUGGACGGGGAUAAUGUGGUCGAGGAUCAAAGUUCUCAAUUUCUAUGGAGUGAAAAAAAUGAAGAGAUCUUAAUAACUUUGAUGGAAGAAGAAAGAAAGAAUGGAAAUCGAAAAAGCACCACAUUUUCUACUGAAGGAUGGAAAAAUUUAGAAGAAGGGAUGUUAAGGUUGACUAAAGAAAAGUAUACGAACUUACAAUUGAGGAAUAAAUUCAAUGGGUUGAGAGACAGAUAUAAAGCAUACAAAAAAUUUCUAUCCAACACUGGUUUGUCAUGGGACCCUGUAACUGGUCAGGUCACACUUACAGAUGCCCAAUGGGAGGAGAUGGAAAAGCAAGUCAGGCAUGCCAAACGGUUUCGGAAAAAAGGGUGCAAACAUUAUGAUCUGCUUAGUAACUUAUUUGGUGAUACAUAUGCAACUGAUAAUCGUGCUUAUCCUUCAAAUAGAAGCCCAUGUAUAAGUGGUGAUGAGGGAGAUGAAAAUCCUAAUGAGAUCAAUGAAGUGGUGGAUACUUCUCGUCAUAGGAGUCGGUCUCCUGAACUCACUCGUACAAGAUUAACUAAAGAGAGCUUUCAAAAAACAAUUUCCUCUGCUACGAGUGGAUUUGGCGAAUAUUUUAAGAAAAAGGCAGAGGCACUAGACAAGGGUGGAGGCUCAAGUGGUAUGUCUCAAGUUGAUCAAGACUCCGCUAAAGUUACUGAAUGCUUGCAAAUCUUAGAAGACAUGGGACCAAUUGAUGGAGACACAUUUUUCAAGGCCCUAAAACAAUUUCGUGCAGAUCCGCUAUGGAGUAGAGUAUUUGUUAACCUUAGUGAUGAGAAGAAGCGGGACUGGCUUGAAAGGCUGCAACUGGGACUAGAUUGA